AUGACAAGCAUUCUCUCUGAACGUCAAAGAGAUGAGCUACACAAGGCCAUUCUCGACUAUCUAAAUGCAAGUGGCUUCUCAGACUCAUUCGCUGCACUCAAGAAUGAGUCUCAGAAUCAGGACUUUACUCCCGAUCCAAAACAAAAGUAUGCCGGUCUCUUGGAAAAGAAGUGGACAUCUGUUAUUCGUCUCCAGAAAAAGAUUAUGGAACUCGAGACAAAGACGACACAAAUGCAGGAAGAGCUCAAUAACGCACCCGUCAGAAAAGCAACAAGCUCUGUGGAUUGGAUUCCUCGGCCACCAGAGAAACACAGCCUGACAGGUCACCGGAACCCCAUCACCCGUCUUAUUUUUCAUCCGGUCUAUCAAAUCCUGGCUUCGGCCUCUGAAGACACGACUAUCAAGAUCUGGGAUUAUGAAUCUGGAGAUUUCGAACGUACUCUCAAAGGACAUACCAAGGCAGUUCAGGACCUUGCCUUUGAUCCAAAGGGAAACUAUCUUGUAUCUUGUUCGGCUGAUCUUUCUAUCAAGGUCUGGGACGUCAACAACGAUUACAAGUGUAUAAAGACACUCUAUGGUCAUGAUCACAGUGUCUCUUCAGUCGACUUUCUACCUCUUGGAGACAAGAUCGUGUCUGCCUCACGCGACAAGACCAUCAAAAUCUGGGACUUUACUUCUGGUUAUUGUGUCAAGACCUUGGUUGGGCACUUUGAAUGGGUUCGUUCUGUUGCUCCCAGUGAAGAUGGUAGACUUCUUGUAACUGCCUCGAAUGAUCAAACUGCUCGUGUGUGGGACGUUCAAUCUGGAGAGACAAAGAUGGAUUUCCGUGGCCAUGAACACGUAGUAGAAUGUGCCAUAUUUGCACCCGUCAAUACCUACCCAUUUAUCCAGGAAUUGAUUGGUGAUGAGUCCAAGUCAAGAGACCAGGCAAUGCCUGGCCACUAUGUUGUGACUGGUUCAAGAGACAAAACAAUCAAACUGUGGGACAGCAGUGGCCAGUUACUCCACACUCUGGUGGGACAUGACAACUGGGUGCGUGGUUUGGUUUUCCACCCGAGUGGCAAAUACCUGUUGAGUGCAUCUGAUGACAAGACACUCAAGAUCUGGGACCUCAAGACGGGUCGGUGUAUGAAGACACUCGAAGCACACGCUCAUUUUGUGACAUGUAUAUCGUAUUGUCACAUCAGUCCGGUGGUUGCUACUGGAAGCGUGGACCAGACCAUCAAGAUUUGGCAAUGUCGAUAAGCAAGAAAUUACCCUUUUUUUUUUUUUUUUACUUUCCCCCCCUCCGAUUUCCCUCACAUGCCUUACCUACCAUAACCUCUUCCAUUUUACCCUCCCUCGUCUCACUCACUCAGCCACUCACAUUCACAUUCACAAUAUCUCUUGGUCUCUUUCUCUUUUAUCUCCCACUCAUUUGCUUACUCACUCACUCACUCACUCAUUAUAUAUCUCUCCCUCUCUAUCUC